AUGCAUCAGUGCGCCGGGCGAAUCCUCGCGCCUCUAAGAUCAUCCAUCACAGUCAACACGCAAGCACCGUGUUUGCGCUCCCUGCCAGCGGCGCAAAGAUCCUACGCCGUCACCUCGUCUGCCGCCCCGCGAUUCCAGGUCUUUAACCCGAGGACGAAAUGGUUACAAAAAGAACGAGCCGGCGCCAAUGUAGAAGAGGGACGUCAGACAGACUAUUUGAAGGAUGAAGUUGCUAUUAGGUUAUCGGAGAGACUGCUCGACGUCAAUCGACACUUUCCACGCGUUUUAGACGUAGGAGCGAACUCAUGCAACAUCGCAAGAGCCCUCACACGCCUUAAUCCCGAUCCCGACCCCGCGAAGACCGACUCACCACCACUGUCCAAUAAAAUAGGGGAGCUUGUCGCUGCAGACUCUUCAGAGACCCUGCUCUAUCGAGACGCUGGUUUGGAUUUCAACAAACAACUCAAAAUUACACGACACGUAUUAAGCGAUGAGGAGACGCUACCGUUUGAGCCUGCAUCUUUUGAUCUCGUUAUGAGCUCUCUGAGCAUGCAUUGGAUCAAUGACUUGCCCGGUAUCUUGUCGCAGAUCAACAACGUUUUAAAGCCAGACUGUGCCUUUAUCGGGGCCAUGUUAGGCGGCGACUCGCUUUUUGAGCUUCGUACUUCUCUGCAGUUGGCAGAUUUGGAACGUAAAGGUGGAAUAUCGCCGCACGUAUCGCCGCUCGCAGACGUGCGUGACGUCGGAGGUCUCCUACAAAAGGCGGGAUUCAAGAUGCUUACAGUAGAUGUCGACGACAUUAUCGUCGAUUAUCCAGAUACCUUUGCUCUUAUGCAGGAUUUACAGGCAAUGGGCGAGAGCAACGCUAUCCUAGGUCGAGAAAUGGGCCCGAUUGGUCGUGACAUUCUGCUAGCAAACGACGCCAUCUACCGCCAGCUUCACGGGAAUGAGGAUGGCACGAUACCGGCUACGUUUAGAAUUAUUUACAUGAUUGGCUGGCGUGAGGGAGCCAAUCAGCCGCAACCUCUGGCUAGAGGUAGCGGUCAGACCAACCUGAAGGAUAUUCUUGAACAACAAUAG